UCUGCGGUCACGAACAAGGGGGGAGGGGGGCGAGCCCCUGCGCCCCCUGCCAGGCCUCCGUGCACGCACACGACAGCCAGCGCGAUCCCCCCUCCUUAAAACGCCGUGCCGUGCCCAUCCGGGGCAGCCGCCACCGCAGGAUCCGACGGCCUCGAGGGGCGGGGCCGCUCCAAGCAGCAAGACAACAGAAGCGCCGAAAGGCCGAAACGCGCGGCGGCUCCGGACGGAUCGAGCCCGGCGCCGCCUCCGACUCUGCUCCGGUCCGGGGCACCGCCGAGAUGGGCGCGGACGGCGGGCUGAACCGGGCGGCGGAGACGCCCCAGGAUGGGAAGGGGGGCGGCGGCGACGCGAGGGUGUUCCGGUGCACGGACUACUCGCUGCCGCGGACGACGCUGGCGCUGGCGCUCUGGCUGGGCGGCAUCCACUUCAACGUCCUCCUCGUCCUCGCGUCGCUCUUCCUCCUCUCCCGCCGCGCCGCCGCCAUAGUGGUGGCGUUCCAGCUCUUCUUCAUGUUCGUCCCCGUCAACGACAGGGACAAAUGGGGCCGGAGCAUCGCCAGGUUCAUAUGCAGACACGCAAUGGGUUACUUCCCGAUCAGCCUGCAUGUGGAGGACUACAAAGCCUUCGAUCCCAGCAGAGUGUACGUGUUUGGUUACGAGCCCCACUCGGUGCUGCCGAUAGGACUGUCAGCUCUUGCUGAUCUUGUUGGGUUUAUGCCUCUGACUAAGAUCAAGGUCCUUGCGAGUAGUGCGGUGUUCUAUACCCCGUUCUUGAGGCAGAUUUGGACAUGGCUUGGAUUGGUACCUGCGACGAGGAAGAAUUUUUAUUCCUACCUUAGAGCAGGCUAUAGUUGUAUCGUAGUGCCUGGUGGUGUCCGGGAAAUGCUUCAUAUGGAUAAUGAUUCAGAGGUUGCUUUCCUUAAAUCAAGAAAAGGUUUUGUCAAGAUAGCCAUGCAAUCUGGCUGUCCUUUGGUCCCUGUUUUCUGUUUUGGGCAGAGCUAUGCAUACAAGUGGUGGAGGCCAGGUGGCAAAUUGUUUGUCAACAUUGCUAGAGCAGUUAAAUUUACUCCUAUUAUCUUCUGGGGAAGAUUUGGGACGCCCUUUCCCUUCCCAAGACCUAUGCAUGUGGUCGUGGGUAAACCUAUUGAAGUCGACAAAAACCCCCAGCCUGCAAUUGAUGAGAUUAAUGAAGUCCAUGAGCAGUUCAUCAUGGCCUUGCGGGAGCUUUUUGAGAAGUACAAGGGAAAAGCUGGAUAUCCUGGCCUCCAUCUAAGAGUCCUAUGACAUUCCAGCACCGGGCCCAAGUUAGGAUUCAGCAAUAAUGUGGCUCACUCCCUGAAGUUCCAAACUGUGCACUCUGCAUGCAUUCAGGCUGUAGGCCUGUAGUUACAACAUUGUGGAGAUGACCAUAAGGCUCCUAGCUCCGAUGUAAAAACGUGCACCGGAUGCUCAUGAGUCAGAAAGCUUUUUAGUUGCUUGCUACUUUUAGUGGCUGAAAUACAUAUGUAAAGAUAGGUGUGAAUACCAAUUACGCAAUGUUGCAUAAUCAUGAAGAUUGGUGAGAUAUAUGCUCCCAGCUUUAAUCUUCUGAAAUAAAGACUAGUAUACCGCCCAUGCACUCCUUACAGGCUCCAGAUAAGAUAUGCUGGAGUUUGAGAAGUUCUUUCAAAUUUUUACAGUUGUGAACUU